AUGCCCCCAAAAUCACAACCAAGCGAUGCCCCUGCACCGCAAAGCCGAACAUACCGCUCGACGCCAUCGGCCAAGCAGGUCCGUUUCCCCAUGAGUCGCAGCAAAGUCCGUGGGCAGACCAAGGCCGCCCAGAAGCGGGACAAGAACGCGUCGUUGAAGCAGCAGACGCUCACGCAAAUGGACUUUGUCUCGUCGUUUAGCGAAGAGGUGACGCUUUCGGAUAGCGACGAAGCGUCGGAUGAUGCAUUUUCCAGCCCAGAGAAGCCCGUCAUUCAUCAAAAAACCUCUUUGGAAGCUCAGUCAAAGGACAAGGAGGAGGAGGAGACGGUGGGAGACACGCCCGUCAUUCAAGACUCUUAUGCCUCUCCAGACGACAGCCUGUCGCCCUUGAAACUCCAGCCUAUCCAACUACGAAAUGUAGUGCCAUCGCCCAGCCGCGUGAGAGGCACACCACCGCUGGACACAGUCAAGGCUUCUCCACGCCGUCGCGCCCACUGGAGUAGCAAUCUAGGGGGUUCGAAAAGACUCAAGCCGUCUCAGGAAGACGACGUUCCAUCUCCGACACGAGUCCGGUUCUUGCCUGCCAAGGAUGUGGACGACCGGGAGAUUCCAGACUCUGAUGAGGAAUACGAAGAGCUGGAGUUGCUGGAAGAGGAUCAAGUAGUGCUCCAAGAGACGUUUGCGACGGGCCAAGAAACGCAGCUUGUCUUGGAGGAGCUUGCGUCGUUGGAAUCUCCAGAGCAACGAGAACAGGGGCCGAGCGCAGUACCCAGUCAAGUAUCGCCAUCUACAGCAACUUCAUCCGGAGCUUCUCUACACAACAAACCUGUUCCUCCAAUAGAGACGACUAAUCCUCUACCAACAACAAAAGCACCAUCACAAUCCCCCACCACCUCGCCAUCGCCAUCACCGAAUCCCACCUCCGAAUCCCACCGCCAAACCGAUCUCAGCCAAAGUCCACACGAUCAAAUCUUCGAAUCUCAACGCGUCCCCCUUCACAUCCUCCAGUCAUUCACCCCCGUAUCCGCACGCACAGACAUCCUCCUCCCCAUCCCUUCCAAAGUCCUCGCCUCUCUCAUCAACGGCUCCGAGCCACUCCUCCAUCUGCCCUAUCGACUUCCUCAGCUAGUUGCGCGGUUCUGGCUGCUGGACCAAGAAACCCUACGCUACAUGGCCUGCGUACAGCCCGGCGAGCCCAGCGGCCCCAACUGGGACUAUCACGUCGAUCAAGUAUACGAGCUCAACAACCCAGUGGAAGAGCGCGAUAUGCAAGAAGAGGGAUGGGUCACCGGCCAGGUCCGACGCUAUAUUUACCUGCCCCCAGCCAUAGUCGGCCAACUCCUCUGGAACCUCAGAUGCGCCACCUUUGACCGUACAGGCCAAGAAGAACAUGACGAUGGAAACAGCGCCGUCGAGGCUUUGGAUUCGCGCUCGCCCGAGUCCAGCAUGCCUUUACAUCCAGCGGCCCAUUCCGGAAGCCGCUCGACUACUCACGAUGCCGGCCAGCCGAGCAGUUUGCUGUUCCAAGACCACGGGAGCUCCUUGGCCACUCUCCCGGCAAAUGCCGUCUUUGAUUCCUCUCCGCUGUUGACAAAGAGCCAGAUGCUUUCCGACAGUCUACUUAGCGACGAUGUUUGA